GACACGCGUCAUUACGGAGAUGUACGCGGACGUGAACGCAACGCGUAGCUGUCGAGAAUAAAGAGGAUUAUAAGGCGCCAAUUCAAAUCGUCUGUAAGAAAAUUGUUUCUUAAAUAAGACUCAUAGUAAAUCCUGAUCACGGGUAUACUAAUGUUUCAAUUAUCUAACAUCAUAGUGCGGUGAAUACGACAGUCCGAGCAUUCAGGGACGAGGGAAAGAGAACAAGAAAAAUAUUACACAUUUGCCAGUUUGACUCUCAUUUGCGAAAGAAACGUUAGUGCCAAUAAGAUCAACCAUCGAUAAUACACUUCGUGACACGGGUCUAUCCAAUAUAAUCUUCAAAAUCCAUUUUCUUAUUUAAUUUUCAUCACGUCAAGUCAAAUCAAUAGUCAGAUCGGAUGUCUCGGCCAAGCAGCGGAUCUUCUCAUUAACGAGCGAUCAGUGCAAAACCCGCCAAUUGGGACAACCUAUAUACAUAUAUCUCAUAAGAUGUCCAUCCUGCAAUACAAAUGGCUACUCAUAUUUUUAGCAUGCCGACACGUACAGGCAGAUUUGCGGGUGUCGACACAAGACUUAACAGUACCUGUAAAUGGACAAAAUACCUAUCAAUUGUACUUGACGUGAGUAUGUUCCUGAUGUCACAACUUGUAAUUAAGAAAAUAUCUUUCAGAGAUGAGUUAUCAGAGGAUGUGACAAUCUUAAUAGAGGCUCAGCAUAUCGACUUGGUCAGGACAGAGCCAUCAAGCUUUCUAAUAACGCGUGAAAAUCAGACGGGAAAUUGGACAAUUACAGUAUUGGGUCUUAGUGCUGGCUAUGUUACACUCAGUUCAAACGUCACACCCAGCACUAAUAUUAUUUUCUCCGACGCUUACGUUCGUGUGAUUGUUGAAAAAUCAGAUGUUCUCUACCAUGUAAGUGCAGUCGUCGGCUGGGUCUAUUUCCUAGCAUGGAGCAUCAGCUUCUAUCCACAAAUCUACAGCAAUUACAAGCGAAAAAGUGUCGUUGGCUUGAAUUUCGAUUUCCUGUCUUUAAAUAUCGUCGGCUUCAUCAUGUACGCCCUGUUCAACUGUGGUCUCUACUGGAUACCCACAGUUGAGCAAGAAUAUUUCAGUCGAUAUCCAAAGGGUCUGAAUCCUGUUCAAGUGAACGAUAUCUUCUUUGCACUUCAUGCAGUAUUUGCCACUGCCAUUACUAUUCUUCAGUGUUUUAUUUAUGAGAGGGGCAAUCAAAGGGUAUCAACAACUGCAAGAAUCAUUCACGGGGCUUUUGCUAUAUUUAUUUUAAUAUCAAUUAUUUUAUCUCUACUAGAUACCAUCACAUGGCUCGAUUUUCUCUAUUAUUGUAGCUACGUUAAGUUGGCAAUCACUCUUAUAAAAUACGUACCUCAAGCGUUCUAUAAUUACAAAAGAAAAUCCACCGUUGGAUGGAGCAUUGGUAAUAUUUUCUUGGACUUUACCGGCGGUACUCUGUCGAUGUUGCAAAUGAUACUCAACGCCUAUAAUUAUGAUGACUGGGAAAGCAUUUUUGGAGAUCCAACUAAGUUUGGACUUGGUUUCUUCUCCGUUGCCUUCGACAUUUUCUUCAUUAUACAGCACUACGUCCUCUACAGACAUGCCAACGGAGGGAUGGUCGACCUGAAAGGCCGAGUGUAGCCAACCUGACGACAAUUCUGGCUUGCAAUAUCACAUGCUGCAUAUGCAUGUAUCUAUAAUAUUUCCUCAGUAAAACCGCCGAGCAAGUAGUUAUACAGAUCCUCAUUGUGACGUUGAUAGUUACAAAUCACCCAUCUUCCUGAAAUAUUCAGAAUGGAGAGAGCCUUUCGGCCUACUGGUAGUCAGGAAGAGAAAGAUAUUCGACCGAUCCAAAACGACUCACAACGAUGACAAUGACAAAGGUCGACAUUUUGAGAAUAGGAUGACUCUAUUAUUCCUAUGCGAUAUAAUUUUUUAUUUUUAUUAGAUAGUGGCCAAGUGUUCAUCGGAUCGAGUCCCGUGACAAAUUCCGUCAGUUUUCAUAUUGUUUCUUCUAUUUUUCUUUUAUUUACGUUUGCUCCUUGAUUUUUCACUUUUUCUAUUUUUGUCUUAUUUAAACGAAGUAAUCAGUAUUACUAUGUUUAAGUAUUUUAUUAUUCCCGACGAGCAUACUGAGCACCAAUGCCUCCAAUGGUAACAAUGACAUUUGUAUCGAUAAAAAUUUUAUAUUAUUAGUAGUCUCCAUUCUUGUUUAUCAUGUUUUAUACCUCAGUGCCUCCAAUUAUUAUUUUUCAUUCGUGACUCCACAAUGUCUUCCAUAAUCGUUUCAAGCUGUAAUAUUAUAGUAGUUAGACAGAAAAAUACAAGUAGUUUGAACUUCACGUGUACGUCUGCGGUUCAGCUUGCUAAUUAUAAACAUGCGAAAUGACAAUUUUUACAGUGGACCGUAGUAGGAAAUUAUUGUUUUAUCAUCCAAUCACUGGUGCAAUUUUUUUAAUUGCGUAUGCGUUUCAAUUAAGCAUGCUGGAUAUAGAAUGACAUGUAGUAGUAUAAUGUAUUAAAUUAAAGCGACAACAACUUCCUUGGGUAUGGCCAGGAGCCGUAGUUUCAAGAUGUCAAUAAUUGCCACGUAGAACGUAGAAUAUUGAAUGUGGUUGCAAAAUCUAAUGAAUAAAAAAAUGCAUUUUUGCGACCAGUGGGAA